CCACCAGCGGCGGAAGGCAGUUUCAGUGCAGCGAGCACCGCGCAAAAGUGAGCACCGAGACCGAGCCGCCGCGACCGACCCCACGGAUAUGUGCUAGUCUGCAUGGACUCAACAAGCUCCUGCCGAAAAGCGUGUGCCCUCCCCCCCGUGAUUCGAUUGCAGUCAGUGCCGCCGACGAUGGGUUCCCUCUGACUGCUCAGCCCCCCCGCACGGUUAACAAGUGGAUUUUUUGCGAGCCAACCUUAACGAGCUGCCAGGCCGGCUACUCAGACGACGUGUUCGCUGCUGCAGCUCUCAGGUGCCGUUUUCGCGAUCCAGGCCCAGGCUCACCUGAUCAAUGCUCACCGAUUUGGACUUCUUCGGAAAGCCCAGCAAACUCCUUUCGGUUGCUGGUGCCUCCGGCAAGCAUGCGUGAGGAAGUAACAAGUGAAGUGGGAAGGUUUUCUUCUCGGUGGGUUGAGACCCAUCAUCAUCACCUCUCGCCGGGCCCUGCGGCAACGCAUUUCGGGUAUUUGCGGCGAGUCGGUGAGCGUCCUUAUGAGCGCGUGUAGUCCGUCGGGAUGGACUGGCGGCUGCCGCCACUGUUGGACUGUGGCUGAGCUCCUCGGACGCAGCUAGUGGCCGCGCAGCCCCCAGCCGUCCUAGCCCCCGACGCCCCCAACACCCCUUUGAGCACUUCAAGCGGACACGCACAGCCGGUGAGCCGCCAAUAUGCCCGGAGGUCGACGAGGGCUGGUAGCCCCACAGAACACAUUCCUCGAAAAUAUCAUCCGCCGAUCCAAUUCGCAACCUGACAGUAGCUUCCUACUUGCGAACGCUCAGAUAGUCGACUACCCGAUAGUCUACUGCAACGAAUCAUUCUGCAAGAUCUCUGGUUACAAUCGAGCAGAGGUCAUGCAGAAAUCAUGCCGGUGUAGCUUCAUGUAUGGCGAACUGACCGACAAGGAAACGAUCGCCAGGGUGGACGAGUGCCUGGAGAAGCAGAUUAGCGACCAGUUCGAGAUUCUGCUCUACAAGAAAAACAGCACCCCGCGAGGUAUGUGGAAAAAACGCCCUAUAGAGACACCACUAUGGCUACUCCUGCAAAUCGCGCCGAUCAAGAACGAGCGCGACCUGGUGGUGUUGUUCCUGCUCACCUUCAGGGACAUCACGGCGCUCAAGCAGCCAAUCGAGCAGGACGAAAACAAAGGAGCAAUGGGGUUGAGCAAAUUCGCGAAGCUGGCCAGGUCAGUCACCAGAAGCCGGUCGGUGCUUGUGUCACAGUUUUCCUCGCACUUGCCCACACUCAAGGACACGGGAAAGCAGUCCAACCUGGCACAUAUGAUGAGCCUGAGCGCCGACAUACUGCCCCAAUACCGGCAGGAGGCGCCGAAGACGCCGCCGCACAUCCUGCUGCACUACUGCGCUUUCAAGGCUAUCUGGGACUGGGUUAUUUUGUGCCUGACUUUCUACACGGCCAUCAUGGUACCGUAUAAUGUGGCCUUCAAAAACAAGACCUCCGAGGACGUGUCGCUGCUGGUGGUGGACUCAAUAGUGGAUGUGAUAUUCUUUAUUGAUAUUGUGCUCAACUUUCACACGACUUUCGUGGGCCCGGGGGGCGAGGUGGUCUCCGACCCCCGGGUCAUUCGCAUGAACUACCUAAAAUCGUGGUUUGUCAUCGACCUUCUCUCCUGUCUGCCUUACGACGUUUUCAACGCCUUUGACCAUGACGAGGAUGUAAGUAAUUGUUCAACCUCCGGCGACUACGAUGACAAUGGAAUUGGAAGCCUUUUCAGUGCGUUGAAAGUGGUUCGACUCUUACGACUGGGACGAGUCGUAAGAAAGCUGGACCGAUAUCUCGAAUACGGCGCUGCCAUGUUGAUAUUGCUAUUAUGUUUUUACAUGCUGGUUGCACACUGGCUAGCGUGCAUCUGGUACUCAAUAGGGCGGUCGGACGCCGAUAACGGUAUACAAUACAGCUGGCUAUGGAAGCUGGCUAACGUCACACAGAGCCCCUACUCGUACAUCUGGUCCAACGAUUCAAAUGCUCCAGAGCUGGUCAAUGGGCCGACGCGCAAGACCAUGUACGUGACGGCCCUCUACUUCACUAUGACCUGCAUGACCAGUGUCGGCUUCGGCAACGUAGCCGCCGAAACCGAUAACGAGAAAAUCUUCACCAUCUGUAUGAUGAUCAUCGCUGCCUUACUCUACGCCACAAUCUUCGGUCACGUGACCACCAUCAUUCAGCAAAUGACAUCAGCCACUGCCAAGUACCACGAUAUGUUGAACAACGUGCGCGAGUUCAUGAAGCUGCACGAGGUGCCGAAGGCGCUAUCAGAACGGGUUAUGGACUACGUCGUCUCCACGUGGGCCAUGACCAAGGGCUUGGACACGGAUAAGGUAAAUCAGGCCCGAAGCUUCAAGGCGAAUGGCAGCCUUAGCGGGGACGGUGGCGGAAAUGUGCCUGAGAUGCUUGAGUCGACGGAAUUGACGGAGGUGCUCAACUACUGUCCCAAAGACAUGAAGGCCGACAUCUGCGUGCACUUGAAUCGCAAAGUGUUCAACGAGCACCCCGCCUUCAGGCUGGCCAGCGACGGCUGCCUGCGGGCCCUCGCCAUGCACUUUUCCAUGAGCCACUCAGCGCCUGGUGAUCUUUUGUAUCACACGGGCGAGAGCAUAGACAGCCUCUGUUUCAUCGUCACCGGCUCCCUCGAGGUCAUCCAGGAUGAUGAAGUUGUUGCCAUCCUCGGAAAGGGUGACGUAUUCGGCGACGCAUUCUGGAAGGAUGGCGGGGUUGGCCAGUCUGCCGCGAAUGUUCGCGCUCUUACUUACUGUGAUCUCCACACAAUCAAACGAGACAAACUGCUAGAGGUGCUAGACUUCUAUCAAGCGUUUGCCAACUCAUUUGCCCGCAACCUUCUUUUGACCUACAAUCUAAGGCAUCGGCUGAUCUUCCGCAAAGUAGCCGACGUGCGGCGAGAAAGGGAGCUCGCCGAGCGCCGGAAAAACGAGCCCCAGCUGGACCACAACCAGGACCACUUAGUACGUAAAAUUUUCUCCAAGUUCCGCCGUGGCACGGCCGGCGCCAGCACGGCGGGCAGCAACCACGCGGGGACCAUGACCCCGGUGGCCACCCCCGACGUCGAGAGGGGAGGCGGGGGUGGUGCCAGCGACUCGGAAAGCGCGUGCAGCACGCGGCUCGGCUCGGCCCAGGAGGAGCAGUGCCUCGUGGUGGCGACGACCACAUCGGUGGCGCCCGCGGCGCCGUCGCGGGCCGCCACCCGCUGGGGCCGGCUGCUGGGCAGCGCCAGCAGCGGAGCCGAAUCCUCCGACAAGGAGGGCCGCGCCCCCAGUGCCAAGGAGCGGCCGGCGCCCACGCCGCCCACCGGCGGAUCCGGCAACAAGGUGUUUCCUAAGCAGACGACGCCGCCGCAGCGAGCCACCACCUCUGCCGCACGACAGGACACGAUCGACGAGAUUGUCGAGGUGGAAGAGCGUCGAGCAGCGGCGCGAAGCGCCCUGCGCAAGGCCGAGAGCAACGACAGUGGCAUUCUGCGGUCCAGCGAACAGAAGCUCUCGGAGGCGUCAACAACGACAGCCAGCUUUGCGCCCAGCGCCGUCGCUGCGGCACCAACAACUGUCGUGGCCCCAAUCGUGGCACCGCUUCCCGCUCCUGAGCUCCAACUUCUUUUGACUUCCAUAGCUGAAUUUAAGGUGGACGUGCGACUGGAGCUGCAGCGGUUAGGACAGCGGGCGGCGCGGCUCGAGGAAAUGCUGGGCAACGUGUCUGAACGGCUAGGCUCGAUUAACGGAAGCAGCACGGCCACCACACCAGCCGUGUCUGAAGACGAUAACCCACGGUCGACUCGGUCGAACCGCAGCGGCGGCGGCGACUCGUCAAGCACGACGACGACGGCGCCGUCAUCAGCCGUGGUGCCAGCCAUCCGCAAGCGGCGCAGCAAGUCGCGAGUGGAGGCAAAGCAGACGCCGGUGGCGUCGGACGUGUCGGUCAAGUCGGACGAAGACGACUCAACGACUGUGAGCACGUCGGCCUCGGUAGCGGUGCGGCCGCCGGCCGCCCGCCACAGGACUAGAGAGACCAGAGAGGAGUUCCUCUAGGACAAGGGGCAGCCAUCGCAACCAGUGAGUGACGACGAGUCAACGCACCUGUGAACACCUUUGAGUGCCCCAGAGUGUGCGUGCGUACGUGCGUUGUCGGUUGGACGAUGGCGGCAGCCCCUUCUCCAAAAAUCGGUUUAUGCGCUCCAAAUUUUCUCGCUCCGUUUCUCUACGUGUUGCUGCCUUCGCUAUUUUAAUCGAAAGAUUUUCAGUGUGAAUGCUUUCAAGCAGAAUUAAGAUGGGCUGUGCUGGAACAAUUUCCACCUCUUCAAAUAAAUAAUGCCAGUUUUCUGAUUUUUUGAUUUGUCUGUUUUUCACAGAAUUAAAUCAAACUAAUCAGUAUCAUGAGCUUUGUAGUAAAAUUUAAAUUGGAAAACUUUGUAAAUAUAGCGCGUUGCACAAAAUUUCCGAUUUAAUAAUUGGGUUUGCUGAAAAUCAUACCUUUUACUUUGUUAGUAUAAUAAAUCCGAAUAUUUGCUCCUUAUGUAAUGUUGCCAGCAGCCUGCUUCUCAUGGAAGGUGACAAAACGUAGAGAAAUCUUUCCCUCUCGUUGCUCUUUAACUUUGAAUAAGCAUCGCUGGGCGAUUGAUUUAUCGACGUCGAUUCGACUUGUCAACUCGCUAGCUCGACCAAAUUGUUAUAAAUCCUUAUAUAUUAAAAUAAAUUGCAGACUUUUUAUCCGCGGUGUGGUAAGGUUAUAAGCAAUAUAUUAACUUAAAAAUAGAGUUUCGUCUUCUACAAGCAAUUUGAUUGUGAACCAUUUCUAUACGCUGCACUCGUCUUGGUGCAAAAUAAGCGAAAUGUAUUUAUGCAUAUUUAUGUACGCGCUGAUUGAAUUUUUGUGCUUAAACAAAGGUAAAGAGAAUUUGAAAUUUCGGACGGAUUUUGUUGCGCAAUGAAUUUUAUCCAAAUGCGAUUCUAGAAAUUUUACGCGCUUGCUAUGCACGCUUGUUCAAAGUCGAAAAUUCCAAAAAUUCAACACGCGCUAUGAUGAUGAUUUUACUCAGAAAAUCGUUUCCUGUUAUCCAACACACCCACACACACGAUAUUUAAAAGGAAUCAACUAUAAAGAUGUAAAUUAAAUUUUUGGUGAUACGGGAAAACUUUUUUAAGUCAAUAACAUAUCAAAACAUCGACAAGGCUCGAUCUUCCACUAGUCUACGAAAAGCAAUGACGAGAAGGCAACCAACAAAACGAUUAAGUUAGUUGAGUGGAUGCAACCCUUGCACUAUACUUAUCGCCCAUUUGGUUGAGUCUAAUAAUUUUCACACUUGUAUUACAUACUCUUUGCAAUUUAUUAUGAACAUAAUUCUAAUGUGCUCUGUAGAAAAAAGGACAUGGCGAGCGCUCGCUAAGAGAAUAAUUGAAAUUGGACAUUAAUAUAAAAUUCUCAGUUUCACGCGAAUUUAGUGAUACUAAAUAAUAUUGAUUAGAAGGCUCAAUUUGAAUUUAUCAAGCCCUUUAUACGAAUUGCAUUUAUAAUUCCAUAAUCAUCUCCACACAGCAAUUUUCUACAUUGACUAAAAACGUCCUCAAAGGAUGACUUGACAGAUUAAAAAUUUCCAGGUGUCCGACGAGGAAAUAACAAACCUUUUUGAAAAUGCAACAAUGUUGUUGUUAUAAAGACUAUCAUUUCAAAAGAAUUUUCCCUAUUGGCUCUCGUUUCAAAUCUUCAGCCUUCAGUUUCUAUAUCUUUAUGUAUUGUUUUAUCGGUUUAGUUUGUCGGGAAUGAUUUAUUGGACAAGUCCAACAAAUACCAACCAAAAUUAAUGUAAUAUCGCGUAGAAUUUUGCAAUGAGUUGGUAUAUUGAAAGACUCGUUUAAACUAAAUUAUAACUGUACCCUGUUAUAAUUGCAAUUAGCAAUAAAUUAUUCCAUAAUAAAAUGCGCAGGGUAGAUUUACUGUCAAAAGUUGCGACAUUUUGCCAGUUACAGUAUAUAACAUUAGCCUCUCGACUUGAAUGGUUUUCCUUGUGCCUUCCUCGCCCGAUUUACUUUACGUUAAUUAGACUCAUAAUCGCACACAACUUCGCUGUAUUUUUCAUUUCUUCGAAACGAAUCGUUGACUAAAUCUUGUUUUGUUAAUAUAAAUUUACUUGCGAAAAGUGGUGUAAAAUGGCUAAAAAUCACAGUGAAAAUAUUGUACCAAAAAUACACACAUUCGUUAUUACCUGAAGAACGAGAAGAUUAAAAUGUAAUCAAGGUGAAGAGAUCGCUACGAAAUAAGAUGUUCUUGAGCAAAACGAACAUAGAGCAAUGUAAAUAAUUUGCACCAUGUAAAAAGUUUACCAAAGUAAUAAAGUCUAAACUAUUUCUUCUUAAA